CCCGCCGCCAUGAAGGGCAAGGAGCGCUCCCCGGCCAAGGCCAAGCGUUCGCGGGGCGGCGGCGGCGAAGAUUCCGCGUCUUCCUCCUCGUCGGCGCGGGGCGAGCGGAGCAGCAAGAAGCCGAGCGGCUCCGGUGGCGCCAACGGCAGCGGCGGGAAAGCGGCGGCGGCGGCGGCGGCUUCUAACGAGAGCAACAGCGGGAGCAGCCGGCGCGGGCCGCACUCGGACAAGGCGGCGGCGGCGGGCGGCGGGCGGCACGGCUACGGCAGCGCCAAGCCCGGGGAGGCCUCCCGGGGCAGCAGCGGCCGCGGCGCUGCCGGUGAGUCCCGGGCACCGGCGGCGGCCCCGUCCUCUUCUUCUUCCUCCUCCGAUCCGGGCGGCGGGGAGUACAAGACGUUGAAGAUCAGCGAGCUGGGCUCGGCGCUGAGCGACGAGGCGGUGGAGGACGGGCUGUUCCACGAGUUCAAACGCUUCGGGGACGUCAGCGUGAAGAUCAGCCGCCUCCCGCCCGGCACCGGCGCCGCCGACGAGCGAGUGGCCUUCGUUAACUUCCGCCGGCCGGAGGACGCCCGGGCCGCCAAACACGCCCGCGGGCGCUUGGUCCUUUACGACCGCCCGUUAAAAAUCGAAGCCGUUUAUCUCGGGAGCGGCGGAGGGAGCAGCCGGCGGCGGAGCAGCCGUUCCCCGGCCCUGCUGGACAAGGAAUCUCCCUACGGCACCGCGGCCAUCGGGGUGGCGGCGGCGGCGGCCGCGGCGGUGCGGCAUCCCCCGGCGGGGGCGGCACAACGGGCCCUGUCCCCCGCCGGCAGCGGCGGGGCCCUGGGGUACCGGGACUACCGGCUGCAGCAGUUGGCCCUGGGCCGUUUGCCUCCUCCUCCCCCUCUUCCCAGGGAGCUGGAGAGGGAGAGGGAUUACGGAGGGUUCUACGAAGCGCGGGUGCGACCGGCCUACGGGCUGGAGAGGGUGGCGGGGGUGGCGGCUGCCGGGGGGUUCCGUGGAGGAGGCGGAGCUGCUGGAAGCACGGGGGAGGAGGAGAUCAGCCCCGAGGAUGACCAGAGAGCCAACCGGACCUUGUUCCUGGGGAACCUGGACAUCACGGUCAGCGAGUCGGAUUUACGCCGAGCUUUCGAUCGCUUUGGGGUGAUCACCGAGGUGGACAUCAAAAGGCCCGGGCGGGGACAGACCAGCACCUAUGGGUUUCUUAAGUUUGAGAACCUGGACAUGGCUCACCGGGCCAAACUGGCCAUGUCAGGAAAGGUGCUCCUGAGGAACCCCAUCAAGAUCGGGUACGGUAAAGCCACUCCGACCACCCGGCUGUGGGUGGGGGGCCUCGGGCCCUGGGUGCCCCUGGCUGCCCUGGCCAGGGAGUUUGAUCGGUUUGGCACCAUCCGCACCAUCGAUUACCGGAAAGGGGAUUCCUGGGCCUAUAUCCAGUACGAGAGCCUGGAUGCAGCCCAGGCUGCCUGUACCCACAUGCGUGGCUUCCCUCUGGGGGGGCCGGAUCGUCGCCUCCGCGUGGACUUUGCCGACACGGAGCAUCGGUACCAGCAGCCCUACCUGCAGCCUCUGCCCUUGCCACCUCCUGCUCAUUACGAGCUGGUGGCGGAGGCUGCUGCUUUUGGGGCUCACCGGGGAGCCCCCCCUGAUCCUCUUCGGGGGGCCCGGGACAGGACGCCACCGUUGCUCUAUAGAGAUCACAACAGAGACCUUUAUCCCGAGGCGGAGUGGGUUCCCCCCCCACCUCCUGUCCGGGAUAGGAGUAAUCGUGCAGCUGCCUACGACCCACUGGAAAGCCUGGAACGCCGUCGGGACGGUUGGUCCUUGGAAAGGGACCGAGGGGAGAGGGAGUUGGGCAGUGGCAGUAGGGAUCAGCCUAGGAAAAGGAGGCUGGUGGAGGAUGGAGGCCGGCACUUGGAGCGCUCUCCGGACAGCGAGCGCUCCUCGUCCUCGCGGAAGCGCCACUGUUUAACCACAACCUCUCCCCCCGACCGCAGCCCCGAGCUCCUGGGAGGGAGGGAACGUUACAGUAGUGACCCCGAACGUUCCUCCUCUCGUUUGCUCCUGUUGGAGAGACCUUCCCCUGUCCGGGAAUCUCGUAGGGGGAGCCUGGAAAGGGGACAGAACGAAAAGCGCGACCGCAAGAAUUCCGCCGAACGGGAGCGGAAACAUCGCGCGGUGGCGGCGGCCGCUGCCCUGGAGGGCAAGAGUCCAGCCAAAAAGGACGAGCGUGCUCCAGAGGGAGGUGGUGGAGGCUCCCGCCUCAAACCUCCUCCUCAGAAACAGCAGCAGGACGGAGGGGCGCAGGCCGGGGGAGCCCCCAAGCUGUGUUUGGCUUGGCAGGGGAUGCUCCUGCUGAAGAACAGCAACUUCCCGUCCAACAUGCACCUGCUGCAGGGGGACCUGGGUGUGGCCAGCAGCCUCCUGGUGGAAGGAGCGACUGGGGGGAAAGUAGCUCAGCUCAAGAUCACCCAACGGCUUCGUCUGGACCAGCCCAAGCUGGACGAGGUCAACCGUCGCAUCAAGGUGGCGGGUCCCAACGGCUACGCCAUCCUCUUGGCAGUGCCCGGAGCGUCGGAGAACCGCGCGGCGGCCGCCGAGCCCGCCACCUCCACCCAGAGGCCCCUCAGGAACCUGGUGUCCUAUCUAAAGCAAAAGCAGGCUGCUGGGGUGAUCAGCCUCCCCGUGGGGGGGAACAAAGACAAGGAGAACAGCGGGGUCCUGCACGCCUUCCCGCCCUGCGAUUUCUCCCAGCAGUUCCUGGACUCCACGGCCAAGGCUCUGGCCAAAUCAGAGGACGACUAUCUGGUCAUGAUCAUUGUCCGUGGGGCCUCCUAAGGCCCUGAUCUUCUCUAUCCCCAACCCUUCCUACUCCUCCACACAGCCCCUCCAGCGUGUGCCAGGUGCUAUGGGAUACAGCCUUAGCCAGCCCUGUUGUUAAUUUUUAAAUUAGAUCUUUGUUUCUAGGUGAUUUAUUUCCCCCUCCCCCCCCCCCAUCUAUUAUUUUAUUUUUGUUCCUGUUAUUACAUUUUUCUAUCAAGUUAGAAGCCAGAAAGGUUGGUUAGUGUGACUAGGAAUGUUUUGAGAAUCCCUCAUCAGUGGGGAUGCAGGGAGGCAAGGCCUGCUUUGAUUUACAAAAAAAAAAAACAACUAGAAAAGAGAGAAAAAAAUAACAAACUGGGGGGGAGGGAGGGGAAGAAAGUGGGAAGAAACUCCCACCUUCUUCGUUUUGAUUCGUGUCCUUUUUUCAUUUCAUUGUAUUUUAAAGCAAGUUGAAUAGCUCAUCCUCAGUAAGAGUUCCAGAAAACCUAAAAAGACCAGAUUGAAAGCACUCAAAUAGUCGAAAUGGAAAACCACAGCCUAACUGGUGUCAACUGGUGGUUCGGGUCCUGGAAAUUCCUGAUCCCUCAGGAGCCUGCAGGUUUUCCCUGGGAGUUGCAUGGCUCAGGGUUUGGUGUCUUUUCAGCGACGCUGGUGGGACUGCAGAAGACAACCAACAUGGCAUCCCAAGCUCUAAUGGACCUUUGGGAAGAGAAGCUGUGGCUUAUGUGGAAUUUCCAUGGGCCCCUUGAUGGAAGAAAGCUUAUCUGUUUAGUAUUUGUGCAUUUUACUAAAAUGGCAGCUUUAAAAAAAAAAAAAAGUUGUGUAUCUGCUAUUGUGAUGCCAAUGCCCGUGUUUUAAGUGGAAAAAAAAAUGACCUCUUUGCUUUGUGCUGUGUACACAAGAUUGCUGGAAAAGUAAAGGAAUACCCUUUUUAUGGCUCACACAGCUUGAAAGUAGCUGUCACUCAAAACAUGCGCUCACAGUUGAGCUGAUUUUGUUUCAUUCUAAAUAAAUUGUUUCUUUUGAGGAAAAAUGGUU